AUGCCUAUGUUAAAAGAUCCGUCAACGAAGUAUAAGAAAUUUCCACAAGUGAAUUUACCAAAUCGUCAAUGGCCAAACAGAUCACUAGAUAAAGCUCCAAGAUGGUUAUCCACAGAUUUAAGAGAUGGUAACCAGUCCCUUCCAGAUCCAAUGUCUAUUGCUGAGAAGAAAGAAUAUUUCAAAAAAUUAUGUGAUAUUGGAUUUAAAGAGAUAGAAGUGAGUUUUCCAUCAGCAUCGCAAAUAGAUUUUGAUUUCACACAAUUUGCUGUGAAAACAGCUCCUGAGGAUGUUAGUAUACAAGUCUUAUCACCAUGUCGUGAAGAAUUGAUUAAAAGAACUGUCGAGUCUUUGAAAGGAGCCAAGAGAGCCACAGUGCAUAUAUAUUUAGCAACAUCUGAUUGUUUUAGAAAUGUUGUAUUUGGAUUAAGUAAAGAGGAAAGUAAAAAUUUAGCUGUAAAAUGUACAAAAUUAGUAAGACAAUUAACAAAAGAUGAUAAAUCAACUGCUGGAACAGAUUGGGAUUUUGAGUUUUCGCCAGAGACAUUUUCAGAUACUGAUUUAGAUUAUGCCGUAGAAGUAUGUGAAGCUGUGAAAGAAGCUUGGGGACCAAGUGAAUCAAAACCAAUAAUUUUUAAUUUACCAGCAACGGUAGAAAUGGCAACUCCAAAUAUUUAUGCUGAUCAAAUAGAAUAUUUUGCUACUCAUAUAAGUGAGAGGGAGAAAAUUUGUAUAUCUUUACACCCACACAAUGAUCGAGGAUGUAGUGUUGCAGCAGCAGAAUUGGGUCAAUUAGCCGGUGCUGAUCGAGUUGAAGGUUGUCUAUUUGGAAACGGGGAACGUACAGGUAACGUGGAUUUAGUUACUUUAGCUUUAAAUUUAUAUACUCAAGGUGUAUCUCCACAUUUAGAUUUUUCAGACAUUACAUCCGUUAUCGACAUUGUUGAAAAAUGUAAUAAAAUACCUGUACAUGCUAGAGCUCCAUAUGGUGGUUCAUUAGUUGUAUGUGCAUUUAGUGGAUCUCAUCAAGACGCUAUCAAAAAGGGAUUUGCUGCACACAGUGAGAAAAUCAAGAAAUCAGAAGGCAAGAAAAAUGUACAUUGGCAAUUACCAUAUUUACCAUUGGAUCCCGAAGAUAUUGGUAGAACUUAUGAAGCCAUCAUUCGUGUCAAUUCACAAUCAGGUAAAGGUGGAUCCGCUUGGGUUAUUUUACGUAAUUUGGAGUUAGAUUUACCAAGAGGUUUACAAAUUGCAUUUUCAAAAAUAGUGCAAGAUCGUGCAGAAAUCAAAGGUCAAGAAUUAACAAAUCAAGAAUUAUGUGACUUAUUCAAACAAGAAUACUUUAUUGAUUAUGACGAGGACGAGAAAGAAUCAGAAGAUCAAUAUUAUAAAUUAGUUGAUUACUCGAUUACCACACCAGAGAAGGGUAUAAAACAAAUUGAAGCUGAGAUUUUAAUUGAUGGUAAAACAUCAAACAUUAAAGGACAAGGUAAUGGUCAAUUAUCAGCAUUUAAUGAUGCAUUAGCAAAACAUUUAGGUAUUGAAAUUGAUGUUAAGCAUUAUCACGAACAUUCAUUAGGCGAAGAUUCGAAUGCAAGAGCAGCAACUUAUAUUGAAGUCUUGGUUAAUAAUAAGAUUAGUAGAUGGGGUGUUGGUAUAAAUACCGAUGUUUCACAAGCCUCUUUCCUUUCAUUAAUUUCAAUUCUUAAUGGUUUAAAGAGGAAUAAAGAUAUAUAA